GGUGGGAGGCUUGGACCGAGGAGAUGUGGGGUAGCGGAGGUAUGUUAGGCGCGGAGCCUUCUGGAAGUUGUAGUUUUAUCUCCACCAUCCUUCCCCUCCCCCACUUGCAGUGAUAGGAGGGGAGGUUCUGGACCACUACAACCUGCUCUGCCCUCCUCCCCACCUCCAGUUCAUCCUCUGCUCUCUUGCAUCACCGGACUCCUCAUUCAGCUCGGGCUGGAGAUAGGCCUUUUCUUCUUCUGCCCGAUCUCAGAGUCUGUGUGAAAGGAAUAAGUGAGCGAGAGUGACUCUAGGACUUUAUAUCUGCUGCUGCUGCUGCUGCUAUUGCUGCUGCCGGGAGAGACCCAGCCCUGCAGCCCCAGUUCCUCCAGAUAGAUGGACUUUAAAAAACUUGCUGAUGAAGUCUCCCAAGAGGUUUUAGCAUUCAGCCGAGAUACAUCGGGCUGGAAAGUGACUAAAACUUCACUAAUUUAUUUUGUGGAUUUUUAUUCCCCCUUUGAGAAAAAGAUAACAGUUUCCUGGAAGCCUUCUAGAAAUUACGAUGGACCUUUAUACCGGGCAGAAGGAAUAAUACCAGAGACUCCAGCUAAACUCAUUCAGUUUAUGUAUCUUCCUGAAUACAGAAGCAAAUGGGAUAGAUCAUUACAUACAUACAGAAUAUUACAUAAGAUUGAUUCGGAUACGUUUAUAUUACACACCAUCACUAAUAGUUUUGCCAUGGGCUCAAUUGCCCCCAGAGAUUUUGUUGACUUAGUACACAUCAAGUGCUAUGAAGGAGAUAAAGUGAUUGUCAGUUCUGUUAGUGUGGAAUAUCCACAAUGUCCUCCAACUUCCAGUUAUAUCCGUGGUUAUAACAAUCCUUGUGGCUACGUAUGUUCACCACUGCCAGAGAACCCUGGCUACUCCAAACUGGUGAUGUAUGUACAACCAGAACUGAGAGGAAAUUUAUCCCGUGCUGUGGUUGAGGCAACAAUGCCCACCAACUUACUGAAUUUGAUCCACGACGCAAAAGAUGGAAUAAAGGCACAAAAGGCUCAUUCAGCACAUGCAUCCCCAAAAGGCCAUUCAUCAUCACUACAUAAGAAAUGAGUUGGUUCUAUGGCUCCUGAAUCAUGUCCUUUCUUCAAUCCUCUUCUAACAGUCAAUGUGGAAUAUAUACAUGCCAUUAUGCUAUGUUAGUAUUCUCAUGUACAUCUGCAGGGGCUCUUACUAAGAACUGUUAUAUAAGGAACAACAUUAAAUAUAGCUUUUAUCUCAUAAAUAAUGUUAACUAUCAAAA